AUGCUGUUAGAAAUAGAAAUAGGGGGGGGGGCGGAAUUACAAAAAAAAAAUGAGAAAAAGGAAGAAGAAGAAGGGAAGGAGAAAAGGGAAUGGACAAACAAAAGCAUGGAAAAAUACUUGGACGAAUGUAAAGACUGGACCUGCAACGGAAGAACAGUAGCGGAAAUGUGGACAGAAAUCAACAAGAAGAUAAACGAAGCAAUGCCAAAGAAGAAAGUAAAGAUAAGGAGUGGAAAGAGAGAAAAAGAGAGUAAAAGAGAGAUGAGAAGGAAGGUGACAAAGUUUAUGAAAGGAAAAUACAGUAGAGAAGCUCUUAUGGAGGAAAAAAGGCAUUCAAAUAGAGGUGCAAACAAAGAAAGGAAAGAUACGAAGAAGAAGAAAUGGUGA